UCCCCCCCAAGCGCCGCUCCGGCUGCAUCGCGCUCACACCGAGCUCCGGGCCCCCGCAGCGCUAGCGCCGCCGCCGCCGCCUCCCUCCUUCCGCCGCCAUGAUCAUCUACCGGGACCUCAUCAGCCAUGAUGAGAUGUUCUCCGACAUUUACAAGAUCCGGGAGAUCGCGAACGGGCUGUGCCUGGAGGUGGAGGGGAAGAUGGUCAGUAGGACAGAGGGUACCAUCGAUGAUUCCCUUAUCGGUGGGAAUGCCUCUGCUGAAGGUCCUGAGGGUGAAGGAACAGAUGCCACUGUAAUCACUGGAGUCGACAUAGUAAUAAACCAUCAUCUGCAAGAAACUAGUUUCACAAAAGAAUCCUACAAAAAGUACAUCAAAGACUACAUGAAAUCAAUCAAAGGCAGACUUGAAGAACACAAGCCAGAUAGAGUAAAACCUUUUAUGACGGGAGCUGCAGAACAAAUCAAACACAUCCUUGCUAAUUUUAAAAACUAUCAGUUCUUCAUAGGCGAAAACAUGAAUCCAGAUGGCAUGGUGGCUCUCUUGGAUUUCCGUGAGGAUGGUGUGACUCCAUAUAUGAUUUUCUUUAAGGAUGGUUUAGAAAUGGAGAAAUGUUAACAAAUUAAGCUGAUUACUUUGAAUCACCUGUCAUCAUAACUGGCUGCUGCUUUUUGUCAUCUACACAACACCACGACUUGGACAAACUUGGACUGAUAUCAUCUUGAGCUUUAUUCAUUUAUUUUUGACCUUGAUUUAUUUGGAGUGGAGGCAUUGUUUUUA